ACUCGUUGCUAUGAGUUCUGACGAAAGGGGGACUAUCUAAGACCACGGAAUUUCAUGUAAUGGUACGAUACAGAGAUUAAUAUAAAUAUCACGGAUUUUCUCUUAUAUAUCGUUUGUUAUAGUAGAUCUUUGGACGCUACUGAGUAACUAAUAAACUUAAAUGCUAGCAACCGUUACGCUACAUUAAGCACCAAUUGAGUAAGACGCGCAGUUUUCCCCAAUUUAGUCAAUUAGAUUAGAAAUCAAAAGAGAGUUAAGGUUGUUCUAGCUCAUUAGGCUUUACUAUAUUUUAUUUGUUGACAAUAAAUUAUCAUCAUGUCAUCCGAUCAAAACCAAUAUUUUGAGAUAAACAAAAACCUUGUUGAACAAUUUAUGGAGUUUAUCAUUAAUCUGGGUAGAGAAACUAAGUCAAACAUCAAAUCUAGUGUUUAUAAGAACUGCGAAUCGAUAAUCAAAGAUUUUCUGUCAUUGAAAAGGUACAAGAGCCAAAAUUCUGAUAGAAUCGAACAUUGGGAAAUUUCAUACAAUAAGUUUAGGAUAACAGAACCAGAACUAUUCAAUGCACUAUGUGAAUAUCAAACUUUUGAUCGUGCACCCAAGCAGAAAAUGGAAGGAAUUAUUUACACGGGAGAGGAUUUGAAGGUUUACGUUGAAAUAUUGAAAAAGAUUCUAGAUAAAAUAAUAUUGAAGAAAAUCCAAGGCCUGGGAUACGAAGAGGAAAAGGAUAUAUUUAACACAAUGAGGAACGUUGUUAAGACUGACAGUAAAAACUUUCCCCAUAUUAGACUUGAAAAUGCAAUUAGAAAAGUAGAUGCUAAAGCUAGAGAUUUCUUAUCAUCAUCAAGUCUUGAUGAUGCAUUUGUAAAAAUGAGAAGUUUACGGUCUACAGGUCCUGAUCCAGCUUACAACUUUAUUAUUAAAUUCAAUGAUUUUUUUGAAUACAUUCUUAUGUUAAAUUGGAUGAUUCAAACAAAAUUAGUACACGUAGCUGCUAAUGUAUUGUUACCUACUUAUGAAUUGCAUCUACAACAGAUUGAAGACGGUAAAGUUCCUACUGCCUACAUGAAACCAAAUGAGUUUGCAGAAACAGUAAUGAGACAGUCGGAAUUCAUAAAUUUGACAAGUAGAGGUAGACCCCUCAAUAUUAAUCUAUUACAAGCCGGUAAAAGCCUCUCGACAAAACCGAUAGUUAACGGGUUGAACAAUCUAGACCGUUCUGACAAAAAUGCUACUGGUAAGAAAAAGAGAAAUAGAAAUAUGAAAUAUUUAAGCAAUGUCAAAGGCGAUAAAUGA